AAAUUUACUCCUCCUUCCCCUUCUCCCUUCUCUACCCCAUUCUUCUCUUUCUCUCUCUUCUGAGCACCUUCACCCCCCUCUCUCCCCCCAUUUCUCCACCAGUAAGCCGCUGCGACACUUGAUCUUGAAGGAGAAUUAGCUCUGAGAACACAAGUCGGAGGAAAAGUCCGGGUCUUUAACUCCCGGGUCGGCUCGAAACCAGUCUGACCGAUCUGGCUCCGGCUCCGGCUCCGGCUACGGCUACCAUUUCCUCUGGUAGACCACUUUCUUGAAGGAGAAAGUGCGGAAGCUUACGGCGCAGAAAUGUACAAGAACCAGCUUCAGGAGCUGGCACAACGGAGCUGCUUCAACCUUCCUUCCUACACGUGCAUUAGGGAAGGUCCCGAUCACGCGCCGAGGUUCAAGGCCACGGUUAACUUCAACGGCGAGAUCUUCGAGAGCCCUCACUACUGCUCUACUCUCCGACAGGCCGAGCACUCUGCGGCCGAGGUUGCCCUCAAUUCCCUCUCCAGCCGUGGGCCUUCGAACUCGCUCGCCGCUCGAAUUCUGGAUGAGACAGGAGUCUACAAGAACCUAUUACAGGAAAUUGCACAAAGGGUUGGGGCUCCAUUGCCACAUUACACAACAUACAGAUCAGGCCUCGGACAUUUACCUGUUUUUACCGGGACAGUGGAAUUGGCAGGUAUCACAUUUACUGGUGAACCUGCCAAGAACAAGAAACAAGCAGAGAAAAAUGCAGCUAUGGCAGCCUGGUCGUCACUAAAACAUUUGGCAAAAGAAACUGCAAGCUCUUCAUCUGAACAAGAUAACAAUGACGAAUUAGAACAGAUCACGAUAGCACGGGCGUUACUGAACUACCGCCUGAAGGAAAAGAUGACAAUGUCAAAUUCUAAUGCUCCAAUUCCAUUUCCGAAGAAGUUUCAAAUUCAAAAUCCUAGGCCAAGUAGUGCACAACCUCCACCUGUCACUACAUCGAAGAUCCUUCCUUUAAUUUGCCAAAGGAUGUCACCUCGAAGCCGACCUCUGCAGGGGACAGCAGCCAAUGACAAUUCCAUGGCACAGACUUCUGUACCGGAAAACCGAGGGCCCCGUCCCAUGAAAUUCCCGGCUUUAGGCGCAGCACCAUAUGUCCCCAUACGACAAAUGAGAUCACCCUGCCGUGGAACUGCACCUCCGGUGACUAUAAGGACUGCAGUGCCUGUAUUCUCUGCACCGCCACUACCGCCACCAACUGGAGCUUCCUGUCAGAUGAUUGGGGCCGCCCCUGUACAAGUUGCCCCUCCAGUCAAUAUUAGACAGGCUAUUCCAGUUUAUGCUGCUCCCCCAGUUCGAAAAGAUGAGCCUGCUCUGAUCCCAAAAGAAGAUCCCCUUACUGCAAGGGCCCCUAGUCUACAAGAUAAAGCGCCUGCUAAACCUCAGGAGACAGACACCAAGACCGAUAUAGCCACACAGGAAUCUCAGACAGUUCAGAGCUUGGUGCAGCUUAAAAUUUGAAGUUUAGUGGAGUAGGUCUGUAUUCAUGGGAAUGUUAUCAUGGUUUUGUGCUGGUCUUCUCUUUUUCUAUUAUAUAAGAGUGAUGUUAUAUCAUCUUUUUUUUUUGUUUUUUUAACUCCCGCCCCAUUUUGUCCUGUUAAAUGCGACAGUUACCGCAGGUUAAAUUAGCAUCAGCAGUUAUAUAUCUUUCGAAA